AUGUCGUUCCUCGGCGGCCUCUUUGGCGUCUCCUCGCCCCAGCCUGAGAAGGAGACCUCGGCGUCGGCCGACCUGUUUGGCUCCACCACUUUCCGCUCCAAUGUGACCCCCUCGGCCACCGCCGAGUCGGGUCCCUCUACCCUCCCCGCCGCUCCCCCGUCCGAGCCUGUUAUUGCCGCCCCCUCGUCGCUUGGCAUGCUCCAGAGCUCGUUUGAUGUUUCCAAGCUCCACCCCAUGGCCGACAUUGGCGAGAACCUCGACUUCCUUGCCCUUGAGGAGGACAAGCUCAACGACAUUGACGGUGCCGCCACCGUCCUUCCCUCGCGUGGCUGGACCGACGACCUCUGUGUCGGUACUGGUACCACCUACGUCUCUGGUCUGACUCUUGGUGGCAUGUGGGGCCUCAAGGAGGGCUUGUCCAGGCCACUCGGCCCCAACGCCUCGAUGCGUCUGCGGUUAAACAGUGUGCUCAACUCCUGCACCAGGAGAGGCUCGUUCACCGGCAACUCGCUCGGUGUGCUUGCCAUCUACUACAACCUGGCAAACUCGGGCCUGGACGCUAUCCGUUCCAAGCACGACAUUAUGAACUCUAUGGCUGCCGGUGCCAUCUCCGGCGGCAUCUUCAAGUGCACCGCUGGUGUGCGCUCGACCCUCGUCGGUGCCGCCCUCGGCACUGGUGCCAUGGGCGCUUGGUCGCUCUUCAAGCAAUGCGUCCCCGUUGACGGCCGCCGCGAUAUCUGCCACUCGUGUCACUCGUCUCGACUGGGGUGUACAUUUGAGCUUCCGCUCACUGCGUCCCGUACCAAGCGCGUGCGCCGUGGACUCGGCGCUGAAGCGCAAGGCCCGCUCUCGACCAGCCACGAUGGCAACAGCGAUGACGAAAGCGUCACGACACGGUCACCCCGCGUCGUCCAUGGCCAUGGCCUCAACACGCCAGUCACGUCCAGUUCGAGCAACAGCCGCCGCGAGUCGCAGCCCCAAGCUGAACAGAAUCGCUUGCCUACGGUCCACAGGGAAGGUCCCACAAGUCUUUCUUUUAUUCUCCAUGCGAUGCCGACCAUUCCACUCGGCCCAUUGGACGAAUAUGAUCGCACGAACGGCUACGUCAUGCGCCUCAGUUCCGGACCAGGUCAUGCUGGCUCGCCAGAGAAUGAAAAUAGCCAGGACGGUUGGAUUGACGUGUCGACGGCCCCCGGUGUCAAGCCUACUCGGGAGGUGCUGGACGUUUUGCGCUCAGACUCUUGGGGGGAGGUGGCGAGCCGCCUCGUGGAGAAGUUUCUUGGCCACGUCGUACCCGUCAUCCCCAUCGUGGUGCGUGGCGAGGUCGGAGCUGCCAGUGGCCCACUGCUUCACGCAAUGGCGGCGGUGGCAGCCGCCAGAAGCGAUGUCCCUCCUCUGGUCUUUGAAGCGCUGCGGUACUUGACGCACAAGGAGGUCAAUGAUCUGGACAUGACAUGUGUCCCUACGAGAGAAAACAUACAAGUCCUGCUCACACUGUGCCUUGUCGACGAGCUGGCUAUUGGUACCCGACCGGCAUCCUGGGCGUAUGUCAUUCGGUCUCGCCUGAGUGCCGCCAUCCGCCACGCCCGUGAUUUAGGACUGGACGUGGCCGCGUCUGGACCUGACGCGCGGAUAUGGAGAUGUGCCAGGAUCCUGGACGUUUGGCAUGCAGCCAAGUGCGGGACUUACCCACUCGCACCGGUCACCUCUCUCCCGCCACGAAUGGGCGACGACUUCCAUUCGCAGCUCACGUAUCUCUCUCUCCUGUUCGGCCGCCUCCUGGCCCUCAUGUACGGCCCCAACGGGAUCAGGAACGCAGACAACCUCGAGCUGCUCCACCUCCGCGAUACCCUGGCGGCGUGGAAGCAAGGUUUGCCACAGCACCUCCAAGCCGAUAGCGUCUGGUCUGGUUUGGAAUCUGGCCUUUUGCAGCUUCUCCAUGCCGCGAUCCGUUUCCUCCUCUACCGCCCCGUAAUGCGAUGGUCGUUUAUUGCGCCAAACCACAUCGAACUGAACAGCGACGUCCCCGUCUGGCUCGAAAACGUCGAAACGUCCCGCGCAGCCAUCGAGUGGGCCGCCAACCAAGAAGAGGUGGCCGGACUCAUGUUCUUCGGUCCCUACGCCUUGUCGGUGGCGUGUUGUGUCCAGUAUCAUACCUGGGCGAGGCGCGGGGAGUGGGACGGUGCCGCGCUCUUGGCCAAGGCGAGGAGGGAAGCGGGACAGAGGUGGCUGGCGAGGAUUCCAGAGGGCCACUUACCCCUCCUCCGCAAGAGUGGCACGGCACGGCACGGUGUUCACCCAACUGACCCAUCACAGCAACUGGCCCCGAUCGAGUUUCUCUGCCACAUCACCACCCUCCAUCGCGAGCCGACCGCGUUUGACGGCCCACGCGGCCUCAACCCCACCCCUGGCGUGCUCAACCGACUCGCCGAAACGUCAAUCUCGGGGGUCACCUUUUUGCGCGACGCCUCGCUCCCGCACGGCGGCGUGCUUGUCGCCACCCAGCAGGCCGCGCGCGAGAUCAAAGACUUGCCACCGGGCACUGUCAUCAUUGGCGGGAACCCGGACCAGGACGCGAUGGGCGUGGGCCUGAAUGGCGUGAAUGUGAACGGCGUUCACGUGAAUGGCGGGUCGCGCGGCAGUGGCGGCAGCGAAACACCUUCGUCUCACCACGGCGGCGGCGGAGGCGGGAUCACGCCAAACACUGCCGCUGGCUACUUGAACGGCCUGCUGCAGGAAACGCCUACCCACCACAGGCAGUCGCUGCCGCCACACACCCCGCAGCAACUGCACACGCCACUGGGAUGGGAGGUCGUCGCGUCCAUGAUCUUCCCGCCCAUGGGCGAAAACGGCCAGCCAACCGGCGGCACCCAGUAG